UUUCGGACUAGCACUUGUAUGUAAGAUCAAAUAUAAAGCCAGAAGAGGAAGCACAUUAUAGAUAAAUAUAGUACAAGGUGAGGCAGUGAGAUAGCAUAAAUUUAAGUGACACGUCUAUAAAAUCAAAUAUAUUAUGGUACAAGCUGAAAUAUAAUCGAGAACAAGUAAGAACUCUCUGGUGCAAUCUACCACACAACUAUGGCUUUUCUUCCGAUCUCCGAAAUAGCCAGAACAAUGAACACGGAGAUGACUAUUGUCUCUAAACAAAAAAAUCUGGUCAAAGAGUUGCUGAUUGACAUUAAUAAAAACCUUGUGUCCGAGUCUGUUCUUGAUCAGUGUUGUAUUUACAAGGUGCCUAGAAGGAUUCGAAGAGUAAAUGAAGAACUCUACACUCCGGAGUUAAUUUCAAUUGGUCCUCUUUACUAUGACGGACCAGAAUUAACUGAUAUGGAAAAGAAUAAAAAACAACAUGUGAAAGACUUUUUUGCACGAACAACAAAAGAGAAAAUAGAUGAGAUUGUAAGUUUCAUCGAGAACAAAGAAGAACAAAUUCGUGCUUGUUACGCAGAAGAAUCUCAACUUGAGAGUCAUGGUUUUGUUAGGAUGAUUUUCUAUGAUUCUAUCUUCAUCAUAGAGUUCUUCUUAGCUACUGUACAUGAUGUACCACGGGGUGCAGAGUCAGUUAACCGUACUUUACAAAUCGACUUGCAAUUAUUUGAAAAUCAACUUCCAUUCUUCAUCCUCAAGGAAAUAUACGAGUUAGCUUUUGUUGACAAGGGUGACAUGCCUACCUUCAUGGAGCUUUCUUUUCAUUUCAUUGAGGGUGAAGAAAAGCAAGAAAAUCCGAAAUUAUACAAAAUAAUCUCCGAGAUGGAAGUUAAACAUUUCACUGAUUGGAAAAGAAUCACUCUGGUCAAAGACUAUCCAAAAGAAGCGACAAACAUGGGGUGGGUUGAAAAUUUACCUUGUGCAGUAAAGUUACAUGAGUCAGGGGUAAAGUUUAAGGUUAUUGAAUGUGACAACUUGUUAGAUAUAAAAUUCGAAGAGCGAAAGCAUCUAAUCCCAUUUCUUAAAGUCUAUGAAUUGCAGAUACCACAACUAAUAGUAAUUGACGAUACUGAACGUGAAUUCAGAAACAUUAUUGCUUUAGAGCAGUGUGUUUAUCCAAAUAAUGCUCUGGUUAGCAAUUAUGUUGCACUACUGGAUUAUCUUAUCAAUACUGAGGAGGAUGUGGAUUUGCUUGUUAGAAAGGAAAUUAUUUUAAAUUUUCUGGGCGACAAUGCUUCAGUGGCAAAAAUGUUUAAUAGACUUAAUCACAAUGUACCUAUAAGCCCAUCACCAUACUCUGACAUAUGCAAGCAUCUCCAAGACUACUACAAAAAACCUCAUAACAGAGCCAAGGGACCUUUGAAAAGAGUAUAUUGCAGCGAUCCAUGGAGAGGCACAGCAACUGUCGCAGCAAUAAUACUCUUGUUUCUUACUGUCGUACAAACCGUAUGUUCUAUUUGGCAAGUUGUGUUAUUUUAAUUGAUAAUUGUAUUAGAUCCAGAAUCUAUUUGUAUUACUAUAAUAUUCAGUGUGAAGCUCCUUGUUUUAAUAAGAAUAUGCGUUUGUAUACUUUCUAGUUCAA